CAUGGGGCAGAUUUUGAAAAGGCAAGUGUGUGUGUUCCCUCCUGCAACCACUGGCUUUAGCAGCUGAGCUGGCAGAAGGCGCUGACGAGUGCGGCUGAACCAGGGCUCAGCUGCCCCAGCCAUGAGACAGCACACCUGGUUCCCCUUGCAGUACAUGCCCAAGCCCUUCUGGAGAGCAGAGAACCACAACACCACCAGCUUCUUCUCUGCACUGUACGGCUUCCCCAACCAGUCCUUCUUCCACAGUGACUUGAACCUGGAGGACCUGGGCGACUUUGACAGCGGAGCCAAGUACGAGGGCGAGUCCCAGAGCCGGACAGUGCAGGCGCUGCUGAUCGUCGCCUACUCUGUGAUCAUCUGCAUCUCCCUCUUUGGCAACAUCCUGGUGUGCCACGUGGUCAUCAAGAACAAGAGGAUGCACUCUGCCACCAACCUCUUCAUCGUCAACCUGGCUGUUGCUGAUGUGAUGAUCACCACCCUGAACACCCCCUUCACACUGGUGAGGUUUGUGAGCAGCACCUGGGUGUUUGGGAAGCUGAUGUGUCACAUCAGCAGGUUUGUUCAGUACUGCUCUGUCCAUGUGUCUGUGCUCACCCUCGCUGCCAUCGCACUGGACCGGCACCAGGUGAUCAUGCACCCUCUCAAGCCACGCAUGUCCAUGGUGAAAGGAGGGAUUUGCAUCAUCAUCAUCUGGGUCAUGGCCAGCUGCUUCUCACUGCCCCACGCCAUUUAUCAGACUCUGACAAGUUUUUAUAUUGGAAACAGAACCAUCCGAAUGGUCUGCCUCCCCAGCUUCCCUCCUCCUGCCGAUCUUUUCUGGAAGUACCUCGACCUGACUACGUUUGUUCUCUUGUACGUUCUGCCCUUGCUUGUGAUCUCCAUUACCUACACCAUAGUGGCCAAAAAGCUGUGGCUGAGGAACGCCAUCGGGGACCUCACCAUGGAGCAAUACUAUGCCCACCAGAGGAAGAAGAAGAUGACGCUGAAGAUGCUGAUGGUGGUGGUGGUUGUGUUUGCCGUGUGCUGGUUCCCCCUCAACUGCUACGUGGUGCUGCUCUCCUGCAGGGCCAUCCACAGCAGCAACGCUCUCUACUUUGCUUUCCACUGGUUCGCCAUGAGCAGCACCUGCUACAACCCCUUCAUCUACUGCUGGCUGAACGAGAGCUUCCGCGCGGAGCUGCGCUGCCUGCUGUGCGUGUGCCGCCGCCGCAGCUCGGCGCAGGGCCACGCUCUGCAGCCCCUCUCCCCCCUGUUCCGCCGGGCCAAGCCUGACAACUGCCCCUGCAGGAGGAGCAGCACGUGCCAGAAGGCACAGGCACCCCCACAGAGGAACUCCGCACGGACCGACAUAUCCAGCGUGCAGCCGAUCGUGGCGGAAAGCUGAACCUUUCAUCUGACAGCUGGGCAGCAUCACACAGGGAUUGCAAAAUCAUGGGGAAACUGGUUGGGAAAGGGCUCUGGUGACCAUCAACUCAACCAACAGCAUGCAAACUUCAACCUUUGACUGGGUCGUUCAGGACCUUGUUCUCUCAGGUAUCACAAUUCUCUAGGGAUGAAUUGCCCACUUGUGGGCUCCAGAAUGAGGGGUGUUGAGUGAAUUUUUCAUUGGAACAGUUCCAUCAGUCAGCAAAAAAUGAAAAGAAUUAUUUAACAGCAGACAAAGCCUUUCAUGGGGAAGCUACACUGGUUAUACACACACCAGCUACACACUGCGGCUUGAUGUAAACUGUUAGGGCUUUAACUUUGUGAAUUGACAUUUCUUUGGCAUAAAAUCUAAAUUAUUUUCACUUUCAAUAGUAUUUUAUUUUUUACCAGUCCUCAAGAGCUGUGU